UAACGUAACAGCUGGAUUUUUUUUCAAAAUAACUGCGAUUCUUGACAACUUGUUUUAAUCGGAACAGACUAAUCGAGACAAAUUUUACAUUCUGUUGUGAGCUUUCUUGCCGUAAAUUUUCCUUUAAUAAUAGUCAAAAGGCCCGAGUAGUAGACCCUCAGGAGCCAAGAUGGGAAAAUAUUCGACUGACCCUGAAAAUCCAACUAAAUCAUGCAAAGCUCGAGGUUCGUAUUUACGUGUUCAUUUCAAAAACACUCGUGAAACAGCUCAAGCCAUUAAAAAUAUGCAUAUCCGUAAAGCUUACAGAUAUUUAAAAGAUGUAAUGGAACAUAAACAAAUUAUUCCAUUCCGAAGAUAUUCUGGAGGUGUUGGUAGAAAAGCACAGUGUAAAGCAUUUAAAUGUGCUCAAGGUAGAUGGCCUACAAAAAGUGCAUCAUUUUUGUUGCAACUUUUAAAAAAUGCUGAAAGCAACGCUGAUGUCAAGGGUUUGGACGUGGAUUCUUUGGUUAUUGAUCAUAUUCAAGUUAAUAGAGCUCCUUAUAUGAGACGAAGAACAUACCGUGCUCAUGGGCGAAUAAAUCCUUAUAUGUCGAGUCCUUGCCAUAUCGAACUCUUCUUAACUGAAAAGGAAGAAGUUGUUCCUCGCGCAGAAGAUGAACUUGAAGUUAAAAAAGUUUCUAAGAAGAAGCUUGCCCGUGAAAAGUUAAAAUCAAGAGAAUAAUAGAUGCUAUUCCAA